CAAAAAACAAAAAUUUGGCAUAAUCAAAAUUGAAUGAAUCGUAACGUCGUACAUUAAACUUGUUUCACAUCUUUAGCGUUACAAUUCAGUGCGCCUUGUUUGUUUCUCACCAUGAUUGUGUUUAAGGACAUGAUUACUGAGGAUGAAAUGUUCACAGACUCUCACUGUCCUCGUAUCGUCGCGGAUUUCUUUUAUGAAGUAGAAUCGAGGUUUACGACAACUUCAAGUAAGGUGGAUGGGAGACUUAUUGGCGCCAACCCUUCUGGUGAGGGUGAAGACGAUGAAGAUGUGGAUGAUACGAGUGAAAGAGUCAUUGAUUUAGUUCACGCUAAUGGUUUCAUUAGUGUUCCUUACGACCUAAAAUCAUACAAAGCUCAACUUAAAUCGUAUUUAAAAGCUAUAAAAGAACGUUUGCAAAAGACUGAUCCAGACAAGCUACCCUUACUUGAAAGUCAGGUCAACAAGUACAUGAAAGAUGUCUUUGCAAACUUUGACCAAUAUGAAUGUUUCACGGGGCCGUCAACUAAUCCUGAAGCCAUGGUAAUUUUGAUGAACUUCCGUGAGGACGGUAUGACACCAUACUUCGUUUUCUUCAAGGAUGGAUUGAUUCAUGAAAAAUGUGUAAGUUGGUUUUCUUUCGUAAUCAUGAAGAUAGUGAGGCGCAUCGUCUUCGGAAUCUUGGAAAUCAUAAACAUCUUGUAAUUUACAAAUACAAUGUGAUAUGUUUCUGAA